AUGGCGGGGACACACGGCGGGGCCGGGGGCAGCCGGUCUGCGGUGAGCGCCGGCAGUGUGACCGUGUCGCGUGUCUCCGCACGCUUCGGGCCGAAGUGGGUCUGUGGUGCUCGCAAGCGCGCGCGGCCUGGGAGCCACCGGACGAGAAGGGACAUCGGAGAGGGCGGUGCCGGCGACAGAAGGCGCAGGCUGCGACGGCCCCUGCGGCGGGAGGACAUGUGGGCGCGGGAGAUCAGGUCUCUCAGACCCGCACCCCGUGCGCCCCCGGGGAAGGCCCGCGAGCGCCCCGCACCGACGGCCCGCGCCGGAGGGCUGAUCCCCGAGGGGCGUGCGAGGGCGCCGCCGGGUCGCGCGGGCCGGGAGGGUCGGACCACCGCGCCGAGCCGCCCCGCGCACCCCCGCAGGAGACGCGAGCCGGGCUCUGACCACGGAGGCCGCGGGCCAGGGGGCGCUGCGACGGCGCGGGGCGGCGGCGGGGGCGGGCGCGCGGAGGACGCGGGCGCACGCGGACGCCAGGCGGAAGGCGCGCGCGGGGCGCGGAAGGACGCGGACGCCGACGGCGCUCCCGUCAGGCCCGCCCUCGCCCGCCCCCGGCGCGGCGCCCCGCCCUCGCCCCGCCCCCCGGACGGCCGGCGCCCAAUCACGGCGCCGCGCACGUGA